UUCUAUCUUCUCAUCAUAUAUAAAACUCCACUUUCCUUUUUCAUUCUCAAACCAUUACCAACCAAUAUUGAUACAUCUUUCUAUUCAUUUCUUUUCAACAAUUAAUGGGAAAUUCAGUUGUCACUCCAUGUUUUCAUCCUCAAAACAAAAAACUAUCGUCGUCUUCGUCGUCGCUGUCUUCUUCUUCGGCUAAGCUUAUAUUUUGGCAAGGCGCAACGAGAUUCUUAAACGGAAACCACACCGCGGGGGAGAUUUUCUUCGAGUUUCCAGAUACGAUGAUUUGUCAUGUAGACUCGUUCUUUAUCGGACACCCGAUCCCUAGUUUAGACUCGGAAGACGAACUUAUCCCCGGGGAGGCCUAUUUUGUUGUCCCUUUUGAUCUCUUUUCAUGCAAAACCCUAUCGGUUUCUUCGCUCUUGUCAUUGAGAUCGUAUAAUAGUAGUAGUAACAACAAGUCAACGAUCAAAUUCGGAGAGUGUCCGUUUGAGUAUUUGAAGGAUUGUGAUGGAAAGGUUUUGAUCAAAGUUAUGCCGGAGUUUAUGAUGAGGCUUGUUGAUGGAGAUAGAUCAGGGAAUGAUGGUUGCCUUAGUAGUAAAAGCAGUUUUCUUUGUAGUACUCCUGAGUUGAAAAAACAUUAUGAAAUGCUUGUGAAGUCUAAGGAUCAGGUUUGGUCUCCUAAGCUUGAGACUAUUUUGGAAAACAAGGUUAGGCUUAGAAAAGAAAGAAAAAAGACACAAACUGUGUCUGCUAGAUAGAGUUUAUAUGUAUGCAUGUAUGUAUAAAGUUGUAGAGUUAUGUGAAAUUAAUUUGCGUA